ACUGACUGACAGACCGAGUCGAGUAAACAACAAAGCCUGGCAUAUGGCAUGCUGUUCUCGUGGUGCCGUCGCGCAAUUGGUCUAGUUUUUCGCCGGAAAAGUGCCACCAUGGCGUGCGGGUCGCGUGUGAAACCAGUGGUAGUGAUUCUCGGAUCCACCGGGACCGGAAAAACGAAGCUUUCGAUCGAAUUGGCCCGCCGCUUCGAUGGGGAAAUAAUCAGUGCCGAUUCGAUGCAGGUGUAUCGCGAUCUGGACAUCGUGACGGCCAAAGCGACUCGGGAGGAGCAGUCACAAGCGCCGCAUCAUCUGCUGGAUGUGGCAACACCGGAUCAGGCCUUUACCGUGAUUCACUUCCGCCAGCAGGCGCUGCCGAUUAUCGAUCGUUUGCUGGACCAGAACCGGCUCCCGAUAGUGGUGGGCGGUACGAACUACUACAUCGAGAGCGUCCUCUGGCGGGUGCUGAUCGGCCAUGGCAUCCGGGAGGAACGCGGUCCCCAUCGCCGACCCGAAGUCAUAAAUCGUGACCCGAACGACAACAAAAGACCAAAAUUUUCAACCGGCAUCGAUUGCCAACAGCAAAAAGCCGCCGCCGAUGGUGCGGGUUCAGGGCCAUCGGCGAAUUGCGUCGUCGGUGAUAGUGGUGCGGAAGGGAAGGAUGAUAACAUUGUAACGAACGAGGAUAAGGUGGUCGCGGAAAGCGAAAGUUCACCGGUGGAGGUAGAGGUAGUGGGUUCUACGCGUGGAACGAAUCAUCCGUCGGAGGAAGCGAACAAUACCCGGAAAGUGCGUGAGGUGAAAAGUGAAGACGAUCGUGGUGAUGUCGCUCUCAAGGUUGUCCAAGAUGAACCGAUGGUAGUAAACAGUGAAGAAGAAGAAGAAGCACCGACAGCUGCCGAAGUGGAUGAAGUACUGCGGAUGACGACCGAACAAAUGGAGCAGCUGGAUUCGGAACCGUUGCACCGGGUGCUACGGCGGGUUGAUCCGGUUACGGCUGAUCGGUUGCAUCCGAACAACAAGCGGAAGAUUAUCAGGGCACUGGAAGUAUUUCAGCAUGAUGGUCAACCACUGAGUCAACUUCUGGAAGAGCAACGUGGUCAGGAGGGCGGUUGUAAUCUGGGCGGUCCGUUGCGUUACCGUAAUGUGGUGAUAUUUUGGUUACGCUGUGAACAGGAAACGCUCAACGCUCGACUGGACGCUCGAGUGGAUUCGAUGGUCGCGCAAGGCCUACUGGCGGAGAUUCGUCUGUUCUACGAGCGCUACGUGAAGCCCCACGAGAACAAUGAUUUCCAUCGGGGCAUUCUGCAGAGUAUCGGUUUCAAAGAGUUCGUCGGCUAUCUGGACAAGUACGACCGGGAGCAUGACCGGCUCAUCACGGAAUACAUGCGACAGGAGCUGCCCCGACCGAACGAGCAGACGGCACCGGAGGGAUUGGAGUUGCUCCAGCAAUGCCUGGACAAUUUGAAACUGGUGACGCAACGAUAUUCCAAGAAGCAACUGAAGUGGAUUAAUCAUCGAUUUUUGGGCAAUUCACGCAGAGAGGUUCCUCCCAUCUACGCCCUGGACACGACCGACGUCAGCCGUUGGAAUGAAGUGGUUUCGGUGCCGGCUGAACAGGUGAUUACGGCCGUCAUUGCCGGUGACCGGCCAACCCAAGCCCCACUGUCAAAGGUUACGAGUCUCCGAGAGGGUUUGAAUGAGGAAACGUCCUUCCACUGUGCGAUCUGCCGGCGAACCAUCGUCGGUGAGUACCAGUGGCAGCUGCAUCUGCGUUCGAACAAGCACAAAAGGUGCCUCCAAAGCCGUCACAAGGCGGCAACCCGCGCCGGAAAACCGAAUGAACUGGAAUAAGGUACGUCCGAGUUUGUUUAUAUUUUUGACCAAU